CUUUGAUUCAUCCAUCCGUCCCCGAGUGUGAUUCAUGUCAUGCACACGAGAAGCGUCUCUGGACAUGACACCAUGCAAUCAAUGCAGAGAGGGAGCACUUACUGUCCGCAGAGAGUGUGUGAGAGCGAGGCAGAGAGAGCCUAUGUACAGCACACAAGGACGGACCUACACACCGCACUGACAGACAGACAUGCACUGACAGACAUCACAACCACUCACACAGCGUGUGUAUCCGUCCCUGCCAUUUCUCUCUCAGCUACCGACAUCCUCUCUAUCCUCUCUGUGUCAGUGGUGCCCUGCCGUACGACACAAUGGUAAGUCAUCCAGCCAUCCACCGACCAGCCAGCCAUGCCCAUCCAUCUAUCCGUCUGACUGACUGACUGACUGACUGUGGGGGACCUGUGUCUUGAUGAGCCCAUCGGUGCGGUGUCGUCAGUGCCGGCAAGAGCGGCCGCACUGACGACGCCGCACGAUUCGGCGCAUGAGGACUGACUGACAUGAAAGAAACCUAGACACCCUCUCUGUCUGUCGCCCUCCCUCCCUCCCUCCCUCCCUCCAGUCGUCAGAUAAGGCUGAUAGGAAGAGUCAGCACGGUCAGGCGAGUGCGGGCCGGGCCGCGUGAGCAAAACACAGGCCAUUGCUACACCACACGAGAAUCGAGACGACUCGCCGCCACACACGCGUCAACAGGUAUAGACACACACACGUGGGAUGUGGUGGGGUGGUUGACUCGACCAAAAGCAAAAGGAGAGGACGUGUCUUGUCACGCAUUGCAUACACGAGGCGGACGUCGGAUGUGGCAUGGGACGGUGUGUGUGCCUUGCUGUGUCUGCCCAUCUCCCCUCUGCUGCUGUGUGUCCUCUCUCUCCGGCCCACCCACACCUCACCGGUCUGGUCGGCCAAUGCACAUGAGGGGGGGCAAUCGGAGGGGAGGGGCGGAGUGGACAGACAGACAGACAGACAGACAGAAAGAGACGAGCGAGCCAGCCGAAGAGACACACUGGUGUGAACAAACACGCUGUCAUUAGGAAGAGGCAGACCAUCCAUCCAUCCAUCCAGCCAGCCAUCAGCGAGUACCACAGCAGACAGCAUACCGCACGAGAGAAAGUCCCCACCCGCCCCACUCUAUCUGCCGCCCACACAUCCGUCCAUCCGGAGAGAAUAUGUCUGGCGGAUCGCUUCAACGCUAACACCGCCGCCCAGCCUGACACACCCAUGGAAAGACAGACACAGACACCAUUGCGUAAGCCGUGAGCGCAUCUGCUGCUCGUCUCAGUCGUGUUUGGUGCAAACAUACCUCAGCUGUCUAUUGGUCGAAGAUCAUGGCUGAGAUGAUGGUCUCCAGCACCGCACGGGCCAGCCGAGUGGUCUGCGGGAAGAGGACCUUGAAGGCGCCACCCACAGACACAGCCGGUUCGGUGGUGCAGACCUCCACCUUCACUGCAAAGGAAUGACAGGAGAGGACAGAGAUGAGAGUGGCACCGCAUUCCCUCCCCCCUUGCUGUGCCGGGCUGGGCUGACCAUAGUUGGCGAAAUCAUCGAUGCGAAUCCAUGCGACGAACGAUUGGCUGGCGUCGGUCAGGACGAGAUGACGUCCGGGAAUGAGGUGGUAUGACAUGGUGGUGGUGCAUCUCUCCACUGGUGUGUGGGGCGACUGCGUAAUGAGGGUGUGCAGCCGGCUGUUGUCGACAUGCCUGAUACACACACACACACACAACGUACACUCGUGUGUGACGUGGCAAUGCCCACAAAGAGUGAUGCCCCGCCUCACCUGUCGAUCAUACGGUAAGUGCUGUUGAUCUGGUGAGUCUUCUCGAAGUGGUUGAGGACGAUCUUCUUGACACACGACGACACAGACGAGAAGUUGGGACUGGCGGACGUGUAGUCGGAAACGCUUGCCCACCGUAGCCAGCCCCUGGACGGGUAAUUGUCGAUGCUGCUGCUGACGGGCGGGUCGUGCGGCUGUCGAUGCUGCUGGUAGGGGUGGUUGGGAGGGAGGGGCGGGUUGAUGGUGAGCUCGAAGCCGUACUGGUCCUUGAUGGCCCGCAGUCUGUAGCCGUGCCGGAACAGCUGGAAGGUCACGCCGUCGCCGAAGCGGAUGUGGGGGCCGACCAUCUUGAGCUGCGCCAACACACGGGGAUCGUCCAAAUACGCCUGCACACACAACACAUCAACACACCACACACCGAUUGAGAGCCAUCCUUUCUCUCCCUCCCUCCCUCGGUUGGCUUACCGUCUUGUUUGGGUAUUGGUGCAGGUCACCAGAAUUGAGGGUCACAGGCAGCUGGCAGCAGCCGCACUGCCCCGCCAGCUCAAUCACCUCGCUCAUCUCACUCCAGCCGCCCGCCUCCGUCACACACAGCGCCGCCAGCAGGUCACGCUCGCCCAUCUGCUGGUCGGCGAAUGUCAGCAGCUGCACCACAUUCUCAUUCACCGUCCGUCGCAGCCCCGCCUGUGUGCUGAGGGAAUGGCUGAGUCGCUGCCGCAGCUGAGGCGCUCCGAAGAGGCCUCUGGCCCAUUUGCAUGUGGCCCUCAGACGCAGGAUGUCAUUGAGGCUGAGAAGGAAGAAUGUGCGGCGGCCGACGAAGAUGUACUCGAGGGGGUGCUGCUUCUGCUGCUGCUGGUUGGGCUGCUGGUUGGGGGCCGUCAGAAGGCCUGCCGACAGUGAGCUGCUGCCCCCCUCAUGCUGCUGCUGUGUCGCUGCCGCAGCACCACCCGCACCAAUCGAGCCACCUGAAGGCACCACACAGCACAGGACGGUCAUGACGAUGCGCAGUCCACCAACAGCAGCUGAUGCUUUGCGUACCUCCACUAUGCCCUCCACCAUCACCACCACCACCAGCAGCAGGAUGGCUGAUGUCUACGUGUCUACGCUUCUUGGCGCCGCCGUCAUCAUCAGGCACCUGAACAGAAAUUGAUCCACACACGAGUUCCUCUGCGUCGGUGUGUCUGUGUGUCUGUGUGUCGGUGGACUUGUGCGCACCGCGUUGCUAUGCUGUUUGCUGUUGUCGGUCUCAUUCGGUCCCACAGCACCGCCCGCCCCCCACUGAGCCGCUCCGCCGUCGACAUUCAUUCGCUGACAUAAACACACACACACGGGGGAGUGACCGGCUUGUGUGUGCCAUCCAGUGGUCAGUGGAGCCUUACGCGUCUGUUGUGGUCAGUGGGCGUCUGUGUCAGCUCAUUGCUGAGGGCCGAGUGGGCGUCGGUGAGGUUCGUCAGAAGACCCAACAGUCGGCGGCCAGCCACUGACGCACAAACCUGUCAGCGGCAACGAACACGACAGAGAGAGAGAGAGAGAGAUGCGGCACUCGUGCAGGCGGACCUGUGUGUUGUCGUGUUGGGUGCGUUGGAUAGCUCCCUCGCCCGCCGAGCCGGCGCGGCCAUCUCAGAUGCGAUCUGAAGGCACACAAACAGACAGAUAGCACAGUGAAUGAAUGGUCGGUCUGGCGCCUCCCUCUCUCCCUCUCUCACGGAUUGGAUCUGAUCUAUGACAUCUCGCAAGCUAUCGUCCGACCAGCCCCGCCCACCUGCACCCCACACACCAUCACCACACACACACAUGGCAGCUGUGUGUUUGCAUUGUGUGCGUCAUCGCCCACCUCUCGAGGGAGCCGGGCGUCGUGGCUACUGUCCAUCUGACGAGCACGGUCAACCACCUGCACCACGGAAGCAAAGCAGCCACACAGCGACAUGGGAUGCUCAUCAGUGUGCCUGUGCUCUCAGUCUGCCGACUCACUGCUCUGUGUGUGAGUUUUGGCGUCAGCCUUCGAGCUGAAACUGACGCCAGCCAUCAAGAAGCAGCCCGACUGAUGCCGUCACUGCUGCCCGCCGCACAGGUACAGAACCUCUCAACUCAGACCGUCACCGUCCGAUCUGACGGCACACACACCGCACAGCCACGCAGGGAAGGAAUGUGUUGCCGGUCGUUUCUAUCCGUCAUGCAUCAUCUGCCAGUCUGCUUUGCCUCCCUCAGUUGGCCUCGCUGAUGGGCAGGCUGAGCGCCUCGGCUCAGUGAGUGAAUGGGUGGAGAGGCCUUUUGGUCUCACCGAUGGUGACGAGAGGAAGUGUGGAGGCAUCAACAAGCCUCUCAUCAGACCAAAACUG